AUGUUCAAACCACACCUCCUCCAGCACGUAAAACUCAUAUGCAAACACCGUCCCUUCCAGUCAAGACUUCGGUUCUACAGCAAUUCCCGGAAACCCUACGACCCCUUACGAAUCCUCUUCUGCGGCGCCGAUGAAUUCAGCAUCUUCUCCCUAAAAGCCAUCCGUGACCUCCAGCACCGGCGGCCGGAAUGCGUCGCUUCGAUCGACGUUGUUUGUCGACCGGAUAAGCGUGUUGGGAGGGGGUUGAAGAGGGUUCAAGAAGUCCCGAUCAAAAGCGUCGCUCGAGGAUUGGAAAUACCCAUCCAUCAGAUCGAUACGUUCACGGGAUGGAGUCCACCCUCCCCCGUCGAUCUGAUCAUCGCCGUGUCGUUCGGUCUUCUCGUGCCUUCUCGGAUUCUGAAAGGUGCGACGUGGGGCGGGUUGAAUGUUCAUCCUUCGAUGCUGCCGUAUUUGCGUGGUCCGGCGCCUGUCCAGCAUGCGCUUUUGAAAGGGCGGACGCAUACGGGUGUUACGCUGCAGACGAUGCAUCCGACGAGGUUUGAUCAUGGGGUGAUUCUGGCGCAGACGCCGGGUCCUGGGGUAAGGAUUUCUGAGGAGUGUACGCCGGAUGAUUUGAUUCGGAGUUUGGGGGAGGCGGGUGCGGGGAUGUUGGUGAGGGGGGUUGAGGAUGGGUUGUUUGUCGACCCUGUGCCUGUGGUUGACGGGAAAGAUGCGGAGGGGAGGGCCGAGCAUGCUCCUAAGAUUCUGCCGGAAGAUCGCCAUAUCGACUGGAAUACUUGGACGGCGGAUCAGAUCAUGCGGUAUGAUCGUGUUCUUGGCCGACUUUGGGAUACGACUACAUGGCAGAAAUGCCAGCCGGGGAGCACUGUCUCGAAGCGUGUGACUUUUCACGGCCCGUGGCGAUCAGUUUCUUGCGACCAAGUGUCUGCUUCAACAGAAGCUGGCAAACCUGCAGUCCUUCAAAUCGAAGAAUCGCAGUCCCCAACGCUGCUGCUGCCCACCGCGGAUGGCCAUCUUUUGACUCCUGCCUCUGCAACCAUCGAGGGCGAGCAGAAGGGGAAGGGAAUUGCCGCGCUCAUUCGAGCUAAGACUUCCACGUCAUGA